AUGACGCCUUCAUACUUCAUAUCGACAAAAUGUUGCAUGGUUCCGCAUAUACCAGAUGCCAAGUCUAUUUCUUCCACAAACAAAAAUAUAAAGAUAUAUGUAGACGAUAUUUUGUACAAAGAUUCAGCCUAUGACGGAGGAUUCGACCUGCCGAUAAGGGAGUUCUGCGCCAUUUCCGAUAUAAAAACAUGCCUUGGAUUUAGAAACAAGCCUAGUGUUUUGGUCUCGAAGAGAGGACACUACAAACUUAACAAAGAGAGAUACGAAGGACUUCUUGAGGUUUGGAGACCGGACUACCAUGCCGACUUUGAGACUGGGAAAAUCAUUAUAGAAGGAAAUGAAUUGAUUGAGCCCAAGGAUACCAGAGACUUUGUUGAGCUUUUGAAUAGCGGCCAUUUGCUUUUUGGAACUGAAUUCAUUAAUACUCUCGUGGAGCAGGGAAUGAUGCUAGCCCUUGAGGGGUGUAGACUCGAUGUUCUCUAA